UAAAAAGCGGGGAGAAGGGAAAAAACGAAGGCAACGAAGAAAGAAGUUGAGGGAAGAGUAGAAGGAACGGAGGAAGAAGGAGGGAAAAACAGAGAAGAGGAAGAAGAAGAAGAAGAAGACUCUUUCAAGAAGUGCGUGCAUUGUUUCUUCAAAUGUGUGUAUAAAUAGAUGGUAGCAAGAGAGAAGAGGAAGAACAGGAAGAAGCAUUGCUAAUCAGGGAGAUGGCGAGUUACGAGGCUAUCAAGAACUUUGAGGAUGAUGAAGAUGACGUGGAGAUGGCACUACCCCAUAGCCAGAUCUCUGAAUCAAGAUCUCAAACACUUUCUUCCACCAUUGCUCAAACCACUCCGCUUAACAUUCACAACGUUCAGGAACAACCUUCUACAUCCUCCAGGAAUCAACCACAGACUGUGCCAAAACCUCCGCGUCUAGUUUCCCUCGAUGUUUUUCGCGGUCUCACCGUUGCGCUGAUGAUACUGGUUGAUGAUGCCGGUGGACUCAUUCCAGCGCUCAAUCAUUCCCCAUGGAAUGGUUUAACACUAGCUGAUUAUGUCAUGCCGUUUUUCCUAUUUAUUGUUGGUGUUUCCCUCGCUCUCACAUACAAGAAACUGUCUUGCAGAGUCGAUGCAUCAAGAAAAGCAGGUUUACGGGCUCUAAAACUUCUUGUGUUAGGCCUUUUUCUUCAAGGAGGUUAUUUCCAUCGUGUGAACGAUCUGACAUAUGGAGUGGAUAUUAAACAGAUAAGAUGGAUGGGAAUACUGCAGAGAAUUGCGUUAGCUUAUUUGGUUGCCGCGCUGUGUGAAAUUUGGCUCAAGAGUGAUGAUACUGUUAAUUCUGGACCAUCCCUCUUAAGGAAGUACCGAUACCAGUGGGCUGUGGCUUUUAUAAUUUCUUUCGUAUAUCUUUGCUUGCUAUAUGGAUUGUACGUUCCUGAUUGGGAGUAUCAAAUUCAAACAGAACCUUCUUCAGAGCCAAAGACAUUUUCUGUUAAAUGUGGAGUAAGGGGUGACACUGGACCAGCCUGCAACGCAGUUGGGAUGAUUGAUAGAACGUUAGUGGGUAUCCAACAUCUGUACAGGAGACCAAUAUAUGCACGGAUGCCUGAAUGCAGCAUUAAUUCUCCCAACUAUGGACCAUUGCCUCCCGGUGCUCCUGCUUGGUGUCAGGCCCCUUUUGAUCCCGAAGGACUCCUAAGUUCAGUGAUGGCUAUUAUUACUUGCUUGGUUGGGUUGCACUACGGACAUAUUAUUGUCCAUUUUAAGGACCACCGAGUUAGAACCAUAUAUUGGACGAUCCCAACCUCUUGUCUUGUAGUUUUUGGCCUUGCGUUGGAUUUAUUUGGAAUGCAUAUAAAUAAGGUUCUGUAUUCCCUCAGUUACACGUGCGUCACUGCUGGUACUGCAGGCAUCCUCUUUGUCGGAAUAUACUUAAUGGUUGACGUGUGUGGGUAUAGACGAAUGACUAUUUUUUUGGAAUGGAUGGGCAUGCAUGCAUUGAUGAUAUAUAUCCUAGCAGCUUGCAACGUUUUUCCAAUUUUCAUCCAAGGAUUUUACUGGGGGAGUCCUCGCAAUAACAUUUUGAAGCUAGUUGGAGUUGGUACAUGAAGAGAGAGAUAUACAUACAACACAUGCUAUUGGUGAAGUUUAUAUACGGUGGUCGUGCGGUGUUCAUUAUGAAAAUGAAAGUUUUGUUCCUCUCAUCUCUUGCAGGCGUCACUUGCAUGCACCAUGAAAAAUAUAUGUUAGUGUUAGCUAAAUUUCUUGAUGGGGAAACCUCUCUAUGAUUAUAUAGAGCAGCUUUUUGUUUAUAGUACGACUGCCAUAUAAUGUCUACUUUUACUCUAUAUCUUUGAAAUCAUAGAGUAAGCAUUGGACCACGAUAUCCAUGUAUAAUUUAGUUUAUAUAUUUUUUUAUUGUUACUA